AUGCAGGCGCAUCAACCGCAGCCCUUCCAAGUGUUCCCCCAGCAGGCGUACCUGCCUCCUCUGACCCCGUCCCCUUCCGACGUUUCUUCCCCAACAGGCCUCCCGCAGUCGGCGGCAGCUGCGUCGAGUGCGUGCACGGGGGCGCCCGCGUCCGUGGCGCGCGCAGCGCCCCGACGAUCUCGAGCGGAACGCGGUCGGCCGUCGGCAACUCGAAAUCCGCGACCUCAAGAAGACAUUUACAAGCGCACGUACAGCAGCGUGAGUCGCAGUUCUCGACGGAAAGCGGAUCCGUCUGGCGACGGAAGUUCCGGACCGGGGUUCGACGGCACCUCAGAGACAGAAGCUGCUGACGCCUCCUCGUCGAUGUCAGGCGACUCUUUUCCUCACCUCGCUUCCGGGGGUGGCGAGAGCGACGCCCGAUCCUACGCGCCUGCCUCUCCACCCGUGCCUGUCGACCCUGCCUCUUCUGUUCAUCGAAAUAGCUUCGACUGCUCAGGCGGAAACGCCUCGCAGAACCCCACCGGCGACGCGGAAGCCGCAUCGCCACCGAUGCGAAGCGUCGGCGCGGGCCAGCCAGGCCAGGCCGACGAAGCCGGCGCCCAGCAGGGACAGUCUCCCGGAGCGGGAGGCGCUCCGGGAGUCCCAGGGACGCGCCCGAGCUGGAAACGGAGACCUACGCGGCGACGUGAAGGCCUGCGGCUGAGGCCCCUGGACGACCAAGAAGAGCGCGUCCUCCCGGACGGGAAACUGUAUGCAUAUCUGCUCCAGCGCGACAAGUUGGCGUACAAUCUCUGGCGCAAAGAGCUGCAGCGGGUGUCGGAAGAGACAGGGUGCGCAGUGCCCGGGGAAGGCGCGCAGGCCGCGGGCGCAGCCGGCGCGCUCGCCGGUGCGGCAGUGGGCGGGGGCCGUCAAAGGAAGAGGAAGGAAAACGCGUCGACUCUUGAGCCUCCGCGUCGUCUCCUUCGGACACUUCGGCCAGAGGACGAGUUUUCCUGGGAGGAGUUGAACCCCGAGGGCGUUCUCGUCGACCUCCCGUCUGCAGGGGAGACACCUGGGGCUCCAGAUGGCGAGGCGACAGGCGCGAAGGUGGAGACCGACACGGCCGACGGUGUGGCAGAUGCGGACGCAGAGGGCCAGAGCGUGAAGGAGGAAAAAGAGAUCAGUCCGCCGGUGUGUGGAGAUGGAGAGACCAAUGAAGCAGGGCGAAGAGAAGGAAAGGAAGAAGAAGAGGACAGCCGAGAAGAGGACGAGGCGAAAAAGUAUCAUCUCGAGCCGUACGACGUGUCUCUGGAGGAAGAGGAGGAACGCUGCCUCCCGCUGCAGAUGCCCAACGGAGUCCAGAGACGGAAAGACGACAUGAGUGUGGCGGUGGAGGAAAACCCUCACUGGGUCAUCAUCUGUCGCUUCCUCUCGUUCUUUGGAGCGACGAUCGCGAUGGAAGACUGGACCUUCGCGGCUGUGCGAGAAAUGGUGGAGGCGCCGGAAUCUACGGAGUUUGGCGCGAGGUUUUUCUCGCGCAUUUCAGCGCUGUUUGGCCGGCGCUACACUCCCGGCAACAAUCUCGUCCGGUUUCUGUGCAAGAUGCUCGACGAAAGAGACGGGACUGACUUCAACGCCCUAUUCCCUCUCGACAUCAACCCUUUCACUGUUCGCACGUGGGAGGAGGUUCGACCGUAUCAGCGACUGCGAGUGAUGCGUCUCUUGGUCAACCGGGCCGUCGGCGAGUCUACAGCUAUUCAGCAUUUCGUCGAGGGACUGCGAGACGAAAAGCUGGAGGAGCUUCGAGAUGGAAGUUUCUACGUCGACGCGGAUGGGUACAUCUACUGGUUUAUUCGGGAACCGCAGAGUACUGGCCUUCGCUUCUACAAGGAAGACCAACGAGAAGGGACGUAUGAACUUCUGGCGUCCAGUGAAGAGGAAUUGACGCAGUUCAUCGAGAGUCUCCAGGCUCAAGCGACGCCCGACUCCGUUUUCAUUGACAUGCUCCAGCAACAGGCGCAGGAAUUCCGCCUGGCUGCCGCCACGCUGCUGCUCCGCCAACAGCAGCAACGCCAGCAAGAGCAGCGACAACAGGCGCUGCAAAUUCGCAUGCAAGCAGCCGCUGCCGGCGGCCUGGACGCCUCCACAGUCGGCCUCACCAACGCCGCGACUCCAGGCAUCGGCCCAGGCGCUGGCGCCGUCGACUCCGCGGGGCCCUUCCAGGAUGCCUUCGCCGCAGGCAGCGGAGCUCUCGGCGGAGAAGCUGCUGGAUGCCCGAUCGAGUAUCGCAUCAUGAUGAGAAAUCGCCUCCGCGGCCCCCGAGAACGAGGCACUCGCUUGCAAGCGCGAACGCAGCGCAUCGAGAUGCAACAGUUGGAAGCCAGCACGCCGUCAGUUGAGGGGUUUGGCGGUGUUGAGGGGUCUUCCGCUUCGCCUGCGCAAGCUACCACUCCGUUGUUUCUGUCCCCCUUCUCUUCCGCUGUGGGGCCGUCUGGGUCCGGCGCCAUGAGCUCGUCGUCUCACCUCUCUUCGCUCGCGUCGCUCCCGACUCCGCCUGCCUUGGGGUCUGCUUCGCCCUUCCUCCCCUCUGUGGGCGCCUCGGCCUCGUCUCUGUCGUCCGGCUCCUUCUCCUUCCUGCCGUCUUCGUCUCCUCCGCCGUUCUCGUCCUCAGCGAACCCGCCGUACUCGCUCUCGUUUUCUCUCGCCUCGGCCGCCUCAGCCGCCGCCUCGUCCGGCGGGGGGACGCCCGCAGCGGCUGCAGCGGCUGCGGCGGCGCUCGCGGCGGGCGCCGCUGCGGCGGGGGGAAGUGGGGGCGGAACGGCGGCGCCGAUUCUGCCGCACUGUCCGCUGUUGAUAUCCACGUCGUCUCUCCAGAACGCACUGUCUCCGUUCUUCGCACUCAGCAGCCAGACCGAGAAGGAGACGCGCGAGAAGGGGCCGCGAAAGGCUGGCGACAAGAAGGGCCGAAGAGCCUUUACGUUGCCGCCGCUCUGGGGCUUAAAGGGUGGACAGAGUCUCGGAGCCUCUCAGCUGAUGGCGGGGAACGCGAUCUACGCGGCGCUUCAUCUAGCGCUGAUGACCUACCCGGCAGCCUUCGACUCGGGCGCGUCGCCCCAGUCUCUGCGGGAGGCGGACGAAGAAGGCCUCGACCGCGAGGGCGAAGCCGGCGCACAGAGCGCGGCGGGGCCGGAGGACGAGGGCGCCGAUGCGCGGCGCGAGGAGGAGAAGAAGGACGAGAAGCCCGUUGGAGACCGGCGCCGCAUGGAGGAAAACCUGCGCCGUGGAGAGUCGAUUCGCUUCGCCGUCCAAGACCGGCUGCUGAAGAACAUCGGACGCACCGUCGACCUUCUCGAAGACUUGCGGGAGGCCGCAGCGCGCGGCGAAGAGGAAGAGGGACAGAAGGGACGGAAGGCGAGGACCGACGGCACAGGCAAGGACGGCUGCGAGAACCAGGGGAAAGGGGUCGCGGACAAGAGCGCAGCGGACGCACAGAACGAGGACGCCUCUGCGAAAGACGGGCAAGAAAAGAGCGAAGGCAAGGCUCUCCAAGAAGACGAGGCCGGGGACUGCAAGAGUGAGGACAAGACCGAGGACGGAGAUGAGCGAGGCUCCAAGGCGGACGGAGACGACUCCAAAAAGGGAGGCGAGGAGAAGAGCAAAGAGGCGACCGCAGACGGGGUGAAGGGCGCGGUAUCCGCAUCGCCAUCUGGGCCCAAAAGCGCGAAGAAGAAAGGCUUUCCUGGAGCAAGUCCCCUACGCGCGCUGGGACAGGCGUCCGUGACUGCUGCUGAUGUCCUUGCCUUUUUCAACACGAUCUGUUGGGCGGGCCGGCGCGAGAAGCCGGCGAACGAGAAGGCCGAGACGAAGACCGAGCGUCUGGAGUGGGAACAGAAAGACCAGGCAGGUUCGGCUCCAGCUGAGAAGGACGAGGCACGCGGCUCGGAGCCGCGUGCCUCAGGUGUCUCUGCGUCUGUGAAAACCGAGGAGACAGAGCCGCUCGCAGCGAAGCAGACGCCGCAGGCGUCGUUGGAGCUCGUGGAAGCGCGGGACCGUCUCCCUGCUGGCCUUCUUUCCGCGGCGACGGCGGCGGCGACGCUUUUGGAGAAGAACGAAAUUCGUUUGUUGGCCAAUGCUGCGGGGAAAAGCCAGGAGGGGUCAGCGGCAUCCUCCCCGCCACCCGCGGGGCCUCCGACCGCGGCGCAUGCUGCCUCUGUGCCUUCGCACCCGAGUUCCGUGGGGUCUGGUGGGAAGCUCCUGGGGCAGCCGCCGAUGCGUCCGGCGUCCCAGCCGCUCGCCAAGGGCCCUGUGGUCGGCCAGGCGCUGCCUCCCCAGGCUUUCUUCAACGCCUCGGCGCUUCCUCAGGGCGCGGGCCAUGCGAACCCCCUGCAGGCGCACGCCGCCGCGCCGCAGGGCGCGUGGGGCCCGGAGGGCCAGGGCGACGCGCGGCGGCGCGAGGAGGGGGACUCGGCGUUUCACCAGCAGCUCCUCCGGCAGCAGCUCUUGGCGCAGCAGCGCAUGCAGGUGAAUUUCCCGGACUUCUUCAAGCUGCAGAACGCGCAGAUGCACUUGCAGAGCCAGCGCAUGUACAACCAGCAGCAGCUGCAGCACGUCCACCAGCAGCUGCAGCAGCUGCUCUCCCGGCCGGAGUGCGUUUCUUUUCCGCGCGAAGAGAACGCGGUUGGAGCAGGCAGCCGAGCGGGCGCAGACAGCCGCGAGGAAGGUCGCCAGGGCGGGGCGGACGCUCAGAAGCACCUGGAGCAGAUGCAUCAGUUGAGGAACCUGCAAGUGCAGCAGCUGCAGCUGCAGAUCCAGCAGCUCUGUCUGGAGCAGAGGAAGAUCCAAGACCAGCAGCAGCAGCUGGCGAUGCAGAUGUCGUCCUUGUCGCAGGCUACAGGCCAGAUGGGAAGCCCGAUGGGCGCCCAGCCCUUCUUCUACUCGCCCCAGGGGGGGCCGAACGUCUCCGGGCCACAGUUCGGCAACGUCCAGCAGGCGUCGUCGGGGAACGCCCACUUUGGCGCGGGCGUGGUGUCGGGGACGCAGUACGCGCAGACGCAGCACGUAGGUCUGUCGCUCGGCGCGUCUGCGUCGGGCUCUGCGCCGUCGCCAGGCAUGCAUGAGGCCUCCCGAGGCGGCGCACACGCGACGCAGGGUGUGCUCGGCUCGUCCGGCAUGGGGACUUCGUCGAGCUUGAUGCAGCCUGGGAAGAACCUGCCGUCGGGGCCGGUCACUGCGGGCAGUGAAGGGACGGGCGGCGAGGCGGUAGAGGGCCGGGCGCUGGGCGCCGACCGCGCCGCCUGUGGCCAGGAGCCGCAGGCGCCCUUCUCGUCCUUCUCGUGUGUGCCCCACGCGCAUGCGCUGCUUCAGCAACAGAGACCACCGCAAUACACGCAACAGAAUUCUAUGCAGCAACAGAAUUCUAUGCAGCAGCAGUUUCAUCAGAUGCCGCCUCACCCGGGGAGUGCCGCGCCGAGUCCGGGCGGAGAGCCGGGGCUGAGUGUCGACGCGUUUGCUGGGCUGCCGAGCCAGGGCGGGAAUAUCGUUUUUAACGCCUUUUCAGGGAGCACAGGUCAAUGA